UGUUAUGGGUCCUUCGUGUAGUUCCUGGUCCACGUCGGACUGGUUGAGGAUGAGCAGCAGGAUAAAAUCAGUCAGGGAUAAGAUAUUUACACUGGCAUAAACAACUACCACGAUAUUCUCCAGACAUGACCCUGCAAUAUUUAUUUUCAGCUUUUUGAGACACCGCGGCAUCUUCAGAGGAUCAGGAUGUCAUGGUUUGCUGAUCUUGCUGGGAAGGCCGAGGAACUCCUGAAUAAAGUAGACCAGGGUGCAGCAAGUGCUUUGACCAUCCAGUCAGCUCGCAAGUCCUCCCUCCCCUACAGCAGCACUGACACCACAGAUUCAAUACAGUACAAGCCUGCAGAUUACAGCUCCACUCAUGACCAACAGCAAAGGGACUCCCUCUCUACAUCGUCCCAAGGAGCGGCGACAUUCAUAUCUACAGCGGCUGGGAGAAUAAAGCAAUCCAAAGCCACCGUUUUGGCCAGUACAGCUAAUGUCUCCAGCAUCACGCCUUUGGGUUCUAGCAGCAAGGUUACGUCUAACUUUGUGCGGCCCAAAAAGCCGGAAGUGAAUGAUGAUUUGCUUUUCGACUUUCUGAACAGUUCAGACCCACCGCAGGGUGAAAGGAAGGAGGUCAGGAGAGAAACGGGGUCUAAAGCAUUAAGCCCUGUAGGAGGGUUAACUCAGCCCCAGGUGCCGCCCACCUCUGUUGAUGAUGACCUCCAGGUGGGUCCUUCUGUCACAAGAACCCCGUCUUCCACACAGGGCCUGUCCAGAAAUUCCAGCAUCGGCUCGCUUUCGAACAGUUCUCACAGUGUUAAAACAGAGGAUGGUGCCAACCGAGACCACAGCCACGCUGAUGCUCCAGAUAGUUUGAAUUUAGGCCUGGAUGCUCCUGUAGAGCCCCAUGCAGCACAGGAGAUCCCACCUAAAGAGCACUUGCAGCAGCAGCAGGGCCACGAGCAGGUGAUUUCCAAUCUACGCCUUGAAAACCAGCUCUUGCGCAAUGAAGUCUCUUCUCUCAACCAGGAGAUGGCCUCUUUAAUCCAGAGAGCCAAAGGCAUGCAGGAGGAAGUGAAUCUUGCCCGAGCUCGUACUGACAAAUGGAACCAGGAUCAGUCUCGCGUUGAUCGUACAGUUCGGGAGCUGAGUGCUCAAGUGGACGACCUCACAGAAGCUCUGUCUGCAAAAGAUGGUCAGCUGGCGGUGCUAAAGGUGCGACUGGACGAGGCAGAUCAACUACUGAAGGCCCGAAGCUCAGCUCUUGAGGAAGCACAGAACGAGAGGAUCAGGAUCCUACAGGACCAAAGUGAGGGUAGCAGUGUUCAGUCUCAGGCUUUACAAACAAUACAGGAACGAAUGAGAGAUGCAGAUGCUGCACUAAAGAGGGAGCAAGAAAGCUACAGACAGAUGCAGAGUGAGUUUGGGGGACGGCUGGCAAAAUUGGAGGCGGAGCGCCAGACGUUGGCAGAGACGCUUACAAAAGCAGAACGCCGUGCGACGGAGGAGAAACAGAGAGCCGAAGACCUUCAGCAGCAGCUCAAAAGUGCCCGCUCCACAGCAGAGUAUGCCAAGCAGGAGCUGCAGGACUACAAAAAUAAAGCCUCACGUAUAUUACAGUCAAAAGAGAAGCUGAUCAGCAGUUUGAAGGAGGGCUCGGGUUUGGAGGUGCUGGAGGGGGCCGGGGCUGGAGUAGAACUCGAGGAGCUACGACAUGAGAAAGAGCUGCAAAGAGAUGAGAUUCAAAAACUACAGGCCCAAAUACAAAGCUUACGGACAGAGAUGCAGGAUCUGGAAACCCAAGCGGUCACAGAUACAGAGAACUGGAGAGAACAGUUGGCAGAGGUACAGGAACAACAUGCCCAACAAAUCAGAGCCAAACAGGAAACAGAGGCCGAGCUGGAGAGGUGCAAACAGGAAUUGCAGUAUGUUGAGGAAGACCAUCAUCGCACUAAAAUCACCCUGCAGGGUCGUGUCAAAGACCGUGAGGAUGAGAUCCAGAAACUUCGAAAUCAGCUGACCAAUAAGGCUCUGAGUAAUAGCAGCCAGGCAGAACUGGAGGGCCGUUUGCAUCAGUUGACAGAGACACUGAUUCAGAAGCAGACCAUGUUGGAAGCCCUGGGUACAGAGAAAAAUUCAUUAGCCUUUCAGCUGGAGAGGCUUGAACAACAACUAAAGAGCCUGCAGGGUGGUCAGAACAGUGGAGCAAACAUUAACAUGGCUGCAAUGGAGGGACCAGGUGCUAGACAAAGGAACACACCAAUCCUGUUUAGUGAUGCCGAUGGCCCAGGAACAGGAGUGUAUGGAAAAGUCCGGAAUGCGGCCAGCACCAUCGACCGAUUCAGUAUACGUCUUGGAAUCUUUCUUAGACGUUAUCCGAUGGCCAGGGUCUUUGUUAUUAUAUACAUGGCACUACUACACCUUUGGGUAAUGAUUGUUCUUUUGACAUACACACCAGAGAUGCACAACAAUCAUCCUGAUGGGAGAUGAAGGACUUCUUUAUGUAAUAAUACUUAAUAAACGGUUUCUUACUAGUAAAGUUAAUAAAGGUGAAAUUUAGGGAGCUCUCGGCUGCUGUACAGUGGCUCAAUAUGCGUUUGUUUUGAGGUGACAUCUACAGUUUGCACAGACAUGCCAUAUUUCUCACAUGUGAUCUCUCUGUUUCUCUCCCUUUAUCAAUCUCAUUUUUCAUCUCUUCGUCUUGGCCCAAAAACAGGAUUGAAUGCUUUCUGUAAAGUGUGGUGUGUGUUUGUAAAAGAGCAGGAUACAAUAUUUAAGGUGUAAUUUAAAUAUGUGGUUUUAUUCAAAUCUUUUUUCUUUUAUUCAUCUCUUACUUUGUAUAGAUUUAAUCAUAAUUUUGUUACAUUAAACAACAGAUUGUAUUUCCUCACACUGUAAAGCGUAUUUCUCUUAAUAAAUAUUAAUAAUGACAUCAUAAA